CGAUUUCCCGUAAAUCCCGGCUUGGCCCGUAUAGUCAAAAGUAUACAAAGGAAGUACCCAGGGAGUAAACACAUUUCCCGAACGAUUUUUUAAAUUACUUUUUUGCGGAGAGAAGCGGAGGGCGCGUCAGCGCCCGGAGCGUAGCGGAGCCCAUUUCCUCAUUAAAUAAGCCAAAUAUAAGGGACGGAGGAGAGUGUAUAGGAUUUCCGCCCCCACUAUACAUCAAAAUCAUUGAAUUUUCGUGCCACUUUUUUUUUGGACUGGGUUGCCCAGUACUUUAAUCCGGUCAUUCUCUUAUAUAAUUGCUAAAUUAAGCGAGACAAGGUGUUUUUUUAUUGACACAACGAGGGAGUGCUUUUGUUUAUUUAAAGAUGGCCUAGCGUAAUUUGUAUAUUGUAUAUAUAUAUACGCAGACCCAAUUAGGGCCCGCGCUCUACUAGACAACUCCCGGCAACAUCCAACGGCCCACACAGUGUGCCAUCUUCCCAAUUUCCCUCACAUGGCUUGGGUUAACCCGGGGGUAUGGUAACAUUCACUCGCCCAUGUUGAAUCGCCGUCAAGAGGAAUCGAACCCCGGUCUCCCGCACAGAGUACGAGAGCUAUAACCACUAAUCUAUGGCGCGACAUUACUAUUUUAGAAAAGUCAGCAACACAAAAUUUGUUGGCUCUGACAGUUUUAUAUAUGAAAAACCAAGAACCAAAAAGUUUAGAAAAGUCAGCAAAAAAACAUAGCUAGCUAUAGUCACAUAUUCUGCAAAUAGUACGUUCGGUCCCCACUGAUGAUCAAUGUUUAUGUAAAGGUAUGUCACGUGUAAUCGUUUACGUUGGUCAGCCACAAAGGGCAGUAGUUUUCAACAUUGAGGGGGAAUGGAAAGCCAUAUUUUUGUGGACGAUUGUAGCUAUAUUGUACACAGGUCAGGAAAUAAAUUUUUUUAACCCUGCCAGUGAGCAUACACCAGUACGGCUCAAGUUACAGAAACGGAAAUUAUUGCAAUAUAAAUAUAUAUAUCGGGAAACUUUUUGAACAUGUAUAUACAUUUGUUAUUUGUUUGAGACGUUUUAAAUUCUGAUGCUUACAUCCAACACCUGCAUUUUUUAUUACCAGGGCAAAUUCUGACGAACGGUUAUCAUGCAAUCGUCAACACCUAUAGCUAUACUGAAAAUAUUUAAAUAUAUGUAUAUAUGGAUUUGACGAUAUUGGUUGUUAAUAACUCUAACAAUAUUAACAGUCAAGGUACAGAAGAAAGCUUAGUAAGUUUCUGAGUAUAAUGUGAAACUGUUAAAAUUCUGUAUGCCAUGUAUAUAUUAUGUAUUAUGCCCUGUUGGUCUAAUGGCUAUGACACUCAUUUAUGGAAAUGGGAGAUCUGGGUUCGAAUCCUGGACAGGGCUAGGAAAAACAUAACUAUAAUGCACGCCUUGGUAAUCCGUAAUUAAGCUUGCUUUUUCUAUUGUUGUCUUAUCAGGGAAGUUGUUUACUGUAUUUUCUAUUAAAUUAUACUAUUUGAUACAUGUAAUGAACAACUUUUUAGCCUUUAGCUAGCUACCUAGCUAAUGCAAAGCCAUGUAAAAAGAUCAUCACUAGCUACCUAACUAAAGCUAGUGAACAUAUAGCUGGCUAGUAUAAAAGUAGCUGGAAAAAAAGAAUUGUUCUUGACAGGCUCAUAUCUUUUGACUACACAUAUUAUAUUCAGUCGGGUAAUUUUGCCCUGAUUAGGAAUAUCUAUAGGAUUAAAACUGGCUAGCUAGUAUAGUAUCCUAAAUGAAACCGACCCUUCUUUGACCCACCGGUAGGUAAACGGACACCGGAUACCAUGUUUAUUUACAUCUUAGCACUUUCUGAUUGGUUAGAUUAUAAACAAAAAGUAAUGUCAUUGGCCCGUGAUAUAUUUUUUCAACAUAUUUAUAUGCGAUAUAUUGCGUCCGGAACAAACUGCGAAUUUGCUAAUGCAGACGCAGGUAACUACAUUCUCGACCCCAGAGCUCUUUGAGAUAAAUUUGAAAGGGCUCUGGGGACGAGAAUGAGGUAACUAUAGUUUUUCCAAAAACAAACAUUUUUUCCAUUGAUUUAUUGGACAAAAUGGAACACGUAGAUUUUUCCAAACACAAAAAUUCUUCGCUUUGAUUGGAUAAAGUAGAACACGUGGUUUAAGCGAUGGAAAUAUACUUUUCUGGCGCCACUUUUUUCAAACCCUCUGGAAAUUUACCGGAGUGUGUUGUGUUUGUUUACUUGUUAUAUAAAACCAUUUGGCACUGAAUAUUUCCUUUGAUAUUGUUUUGUUCCAUAGCAUAGAUUAUUUGUGAGUUUAGUCAGUAAAUUUUAGCUACCACAAGGGAAUUAAUUUAGCAAGCUUUUGUCCAUUUGGCGAAAAUUCAUUUUUUUCUUGGUAUUUUUGGGAAAAAUUAAUAAUAAAUAUAUAUAUUAGUAUACAUAUAGAAAAUUGUUCUGAAGUAUUUCAUUAUAUCGUCUGCACCAGACAGUUAGGGACCGUUCACAUAUUACGUAAUAAAUUUUUUAUAAAUAUCCAAAUAAAUAUCCAAAUAAAUAUGUACAAAAUUGACUACUGUAUUUUUUUGUCACUAUGUAGCACCUUGUAGAUUUUUUGACCAUUCUUUAAUUUUAUUAUUAAACAUUCAUAAAUAAUAAGAUUCUUUCUAAGCAUCCGAAAAUAUAUACAGUACACUCCCGAUAACUCGAACGCCCAAUAACUCGAACUUCCAGUAACUUGAACUGUUUUUGAAUUCCCGUUGAACCUUCACUAAUACUUUCUCACAAAAAUCACUCGAUAACUCGAACCCCCGAUAACUCGAACAUUUGUUAAGUCGAACCUGGACAGAAAUUCCCCCGAUAACUCGAACUUCAGAGGAAAAAUGAAAACAAUCUCGGUAAAAAGUGACUACUUUUCUUUCAAUAAUAUAAAUUGUUCUUCCAAAGUUGACAAAAACUUUUUUCUCCUGUAUUUUAAUUGACAGAGAGAGACGUUACCGCUACAGUGAAACAGAGUCACAUUAGAACUUUUUUCAGUGAUGUAUAACUAUGACUGUAUUCUUGUUAGAAUAGAAAAGAAAAAAAAAAUUUAAUAACUCGAACUAUUUUCACUUAUCGGCCAAAGUUCGAGUUAUCGAAUGCCCCGGUAAGUCGAACAUUCGAUAACUCGAACUAUUUUUUUGGUCCCUUGAGGUUCGAGUUAUCGGGAGUGUACUGUACUGAUAAUCUAGAAAUAAUUUGUGAUGUUUUACAACUGAUUUAUUUGUGUUUUUUAGCAAAUAUAGAGAAAAAAAUGGCGGCACAAAUUAACUUAGAACUUGUUUCACUUUAUGCUAAAUUCGUGGAGCACAGGAUACAACAUCCUGGCUCCAUGAAUUAUCGGUCGUUUGGCCGAUGGCUAAAGCAGGGUGGGGUCGAGUGGACCAAUGAAGAAGACCCCACCGAAACAGCUCCCAACAUGGAAUUGAUGCAAGUAUGGACAAAAUUUUUACAGUACAGACUUAGACAUAGCGGGUCAAUGGACCUAGAAGUGUUUGGACGUUGGGUGCAUAAUGGCGGGGUUGAGUUUUGUGGUGGGCGACGGGAUCGUGGUAGAAGUAGCAGUCGUGGUUGGAGACGCGGUCGUGGUGGGAGACGCGGUCGUGGUGGGCCGUAUAAGCCACAAUAUUAAAAUGUAUUUUUAUUACUAACCCUUUGUAAAACGAGGUGCACUUUUUUUUAAUAAAAUAUCCUAAAUUUAAAAUGGGCCUAAAUAUUGCCAAAAUUCAAACAAUUGCUAAACUAUUUUUCAGGCUGAAUUUAAAAUAAAUACUUUGAAAAAAACAACAUUUUUUCCAUUGAAAAAAAUAAAUACUUUGAAAAAAACAACAUUUUUUCCAUUGAAAUUAACUAGAUAAACAAAUAUUUUGUCUACCUUGUUUUACGAAGGGUUAGAUGUUAUUAAAUUUGUUAAUUAUCUUAACUCUA